GGAUUGGGGAAAAUCAGUGAGUGGAAAAUGCACUCCCAGGCAACCGUCAGGUUGGAAUUCUAUAGAUCGACAUUGCAGUCAUGGUCACAAGUGCUGUGCUGGAGAGUGCAAGGAGUGCUGCUCCCAUCUGCACUGCAGGCGUCAAGGAUUCCGAAGGAGAUGCUGUCUUGGGGAGUGCAAGGCAUGCUGCCUCCAUCAAGACUGCCCACACGGGAGAAAGUGCUGUGCGGAUCAAUGUCUGGAUGUCCAGUGCUGCAGUGACCCUGACUGUGGGUACGGGAGAAAAUGUUGCAUGGGACGAUGCCAAACAUGAACAUGUACAAUGUGCCGCAACAACUGUACAGUUGGAACAAAAUGCUGCAGUGAUGGGAAAUGCAAACAGUGAUGCGGCAACACGGACUGCGCUGAGGGGCAGAGGUGCCACGAUGGGCAAUGCAGCUUGUGCCGGACCGGUUGUGAACCUGGAGCAAAAUGCUGCAUGGACGGAACCUGCAAGAUGUGUUGCAGCGAUGAGGACUGCCGACCAGGACAGACAUGCAACAACGGGCAAUGCCGCGGGUGUGAAAACGCCUGCAAAAGGGGGACAAAAUGCUGCAGUGAUGGGAAAUGCAAAGAGUGCUGCAGCAACACGGACUGCGCUGGGGGGCAGCGGUGCCACGAUGGGCAAUGCAGCUUCUGCCGGACCGGUUGUGAAGCUGGAACAAAAUGCUGCAUGGAUGGAACCUGCAAGAUGUGUUGCAGCGACGAGGACUGCCGACCAGGACAGACAUGCAACAACGGGCAAAGCCGCGGGUGUGAAAACACCUGCAAAAAGGGGACAAAAUGCUGCAGUGGUGGCACUGGUGGGACAUGCCAAAGCUGCUGCAGCGAUAGAGACUGUAAAGGUGGUCGGAAGUGUCAAAACAGCUGCCCAAAGGGAACGAAAUGCUGCGGAGAUGGAAGCUGCAAGACGUGCUGCAGCGAUGAGGAUUGCGUACUGGGACAAACAUGUGACAAUGGGCAAUGCAGUGCAUGUCGAAAAAACUGUGAAGAGGGAACAAAAUGCUGCGGUGACGGGAUAUGCAAGGUCUGCUCCGAAGAUGCAGAUUGCCCCAGCGGCCAGAGGUGCCGCAGUGGGCAUUGCAACCACUGUGAAGCUGAUUGCAUGGACGGCACGAAAUGCUGUAGAGAUGGCACAUGCAAAAGCUGUUGCACUCAUGACGAUUGCAGUGUGUCCAACCAGAGCUGUGUGGAAGGACAAUGCAGCUUCUGCACGACCAAAUGUCCUAACGGAACCAGGUGUUGCCAAGGGGAGGGGAUAUGCCGCCAGAGCUGCGAAGAUAAGGAUUGCUCGCUGACAGAGGGAACAUGUGUAGAAGGGCAAUGCAGUGCAUGCUCACCCGCCUGCCGUGCUGGCACAAAAUGCUG